AAACGCAGCUCUUUAAAUGGAAAGUGUUAAUGGUUAUUGACGGAAAAAAUUAAAGCAAAUGUUGCAAAAUAAAUGAAACUAAAAAUGAAGCGAGAAAGCAAGCAACGCGAAUGUAAUGCAUAACAACGAAAACCAUUUGAAACUCCUCCUGCCACACAACCAGGAGUUACAUCGAAAAGGUUAUCAAAGCUUUAUUGAUGUUUAAAUGUUCAAGGACCCACCCAACAGGCCAACAAACAGCGUGACACGUGUCAACUUUAGUUGCUCAACGUUCCUGGAAAAUUUUUGUAUUCAAAAAUAAAAAUGAUUAUCAAUAUGAAUCACUCGGAUUUGGGACUUAGCAAUUUUGUCCUGCAAACUGAAUCCAUGUCCAUGGACAUGCUGAGUUCCAGUGAAAGUGUCGAAAGUAAGGAAUCCUCCAUGAUGGAGGUAACAGAUGACGGACAACACAAUCUACAGCAAUUAAACACAUCAAUUGGAGCAAAUAAUGAUACCCUCACAUUGGAUCCCAUACUGCUGGAGCGUUUCACCCGUAACCGAAGCAUUGAUGGUUUAUGGUAUCAUGUCCUCAUCACCCUCUACUGUGUCCUCAUCAUAUUUGGAGCAUUGGGAAAUAUACUAGUGGUCAUAGCAGUGGUGCGAAAACCCAUGAUGCGCACUGCCCGCAAUCUAUUCAUAUUGAAUUUAGCUGUAUCAGAUUUACUGCUGUGCUUGGUUACAAUGCCUUUAACAUUAAUGGAAAUUUUAUCCAAAUAUUGGCCAUUUGGUUCUUGUGCGAUUUUGUGCAAAAUGAUUGCUAUGCUGCAGGCGCUCAGCAUAUUUGUGUCGACCAUUUCAAUAACGGCCAUAGCAUUUGAUAGAUAUCAGGUUAUAGUGUAUCCCACAAGAGAUAGUUUACAGUUCGUUGGAGCUGUUUCCAUACUGGCAGGCAUUUGGCUGCUGGCCCUGCUGCUGGCCUCACCCAUGUUCAUCUACAAACGUCUGAUACAUGCGGACAUACCACCUGUGCUGCAGGCCCUGGGCAUACAUGGAGUAUCCUUUUGCAUAGAGGACUGGCCGCUGAAUCAUGGACGCUUCUACUAUUCCAUGUUCUCGCUGUGCGUUCAGUAUCUUGUGCCCAUACUCAUAGUGUCGGCGGCUUAUUUUGGCAUCUAUAAUAAAUUGAAAAGUCGCAUUACCGUUGUUACGGUGCAGGCGUCGUCGCAGCGCAAGACCGAGAGGGGGCGACGCAUGAAGCGCACAAAUUGUUUGCUCAUUAGCAUUGCUGUGAUAUUUGGGGUAUCCUGGCUGCCGUUGAACUUCUUCAAUUUGUAUGCGGACAUGAAGAGGGGAGCCGUGACCAACAGCAUGCUGGUGGCCUAUGCCUUUUGUCAUAUGAUUGGCAUGAGUUCGGCUUGCUCGAAUCCCCUGCUCUAUGGAUGGCUGAAUGAUAAUUUCCGUAAAGAAUUUCAAGAAUUAUUAUGCCGUUAUAAAGAAAACACUAAUAUUGCUCUUAAUGGUCAUACAACAGGAGGUGCACAGUCGCGGCGGAAACGGAAGAAUGCCGACAUAACAAAAGGUGAUCUUAAGCUGUUGAGCAGUGCUGCCGGAGCGGUGGGGGCUGGUGGGGAAACAAUGAUGGGCAACACUUUGGGUAUGAGUACAAUGAAUAAUAAUGGUGGAGGCAUCACCGAAUCGGUGGCCCUCACAGAGAAUCCCUUGUCCAUGGAGGUGACCACUACGCUGGUGAUACGGUAAAUCUCAAUGCAAUGGGCAAAAGAUCUCUGCAACAACUCUAGAAAAGAAAAAGUCUAGGAUAAUCCAAACCAAAAAUACAAUGUGACAAAAUUAAAAAUUAUCUUCUCCUUCCAAUAACACUUACAAGAAAAAAAAAACAGAAGAAAAAAGAAACCCAAAAGUCAUUGAAUCAAAUUCAAUGCAGAUUUAAGAAACGAAUAACUGUUAUUGAUAAAACUUGAAGCACUUGAAUGCAACAAUAACCAUAAGAAAAGAAAUUAUAUUUAAGAAACAAAAUCUAAAACAAAAAUGACACCAUCGAAAAGUUCUACCAGAACAGCUCCAUCCACAAAAUGAUGUAACUGCAACAACAUAUGCCACAACAGCUACAACAACCAUAAGAAUGUUACAACUCUUUCGUAUAGAAAUCAAGGCUACAACAGCUUCGUUUACAAAUGAAUACUGAAGAAGCUGUAUCUAACGAUCGUUGCUGCCUUAAAGAGUGGCAAUUGCCCCAGUAUACUACAGCCUGUGGCAAUAUGGAUUGUGCAAUAUCGCCAUCUUACCAAUAGCGAAACCUUGUGGAUAUAAAUUUUUAACAAUUUCAUUUUCUUUCCAAGUUCUUGUUUCUAUUUCUCAUUGGCUGUAAUCUCUGUUAUUGCAUGAUUUAUGUAAAUAGUCGUAUUUUUGUUUCAUGUUUUGGCCCCAAAAAAGGCCCAAUGACAGAAAAAAAACCAACUUCUUUCUAUUUGAAAU